CAAGAGAUGAUUUAUGAAUAUGUCGGCGAGAUUGAAGAGCUUCCGCCGGACUCUCGAAUAUGGUCGGGACGGCGAUACCGCAAGUAUCUCUACCAGGCAGCCCGAGCAGCAAUAUGGACCUGUAAUGUCUAUUAUCCUGUCCGCUUACUUAUGAUUCUGCUGGAGGCUCAACAAUCCUGGCAGAUGUGGUUAAUGUUGGCCGUCGAAGUUAUAUUUGGUCGCCUGUCUUAUCAAGAUCAGCGCCUCACCGUUGCAGCCGGUGGGGAACCUGAACGUGGGCCGCGAAAAAGGCUACGGCUCCGAGGCAGCCAAAACUUGCCACGAGUCGAUGUCUUGAUCCCCUGCUGCGGUGAGCCAGUUAGUGUGAUCUUGGACACUGUUCGCGCUGCCUGCACUAUGGACUACCCUGAGUCUCAGCUGAGAGUACUUUUACUUGACGAUGGCGCCUCAACCCAGCUGUGUGAUGCUAUCUCGGAGUUGCACGCUAAAUGGCCUUUUCUCUCCUACCACACACGUGGAAGGCAGUCAGGCAGAGUAUUUGCUAAAGCCGGAAACCUGAACUAUGCACUAUUCACUGUUCAGAAGGAUACUCCGCCAGAAUUUUGUGCUAUCCUGGAUGCGGAUUCUAUUCCAAAGCCGGAGUUCCUCAGAGCAACACUUCCUCACUUGCUUCUCAACCCUCAGACAGCGUUGGUCACCACACGGCAAUAUUUUGACAACCUUCCUGCUGGGGAUCCCCUCUCACAAUCUCGCCUUCAUUUUUACACCUGUCAGAACGCCGAACUAGACCGCUGUGGGCGUGCGAUUGAUGCAGGAUCAGGGGCGGUGUUCCGGCGAAAGGCAAUCAUUGAUGUGGGUGGGUAUCCUACCUUUUCAUUUUCGGAGGAUUGGCAGCUUUCCCUGAUUUUACGGGGCAUGGGAUAUCGUACUGUGCAAGUACAAGAGCCGCUGCAAUUCGGGCUUGUCCCCACAUCCCUCGAAGGACAUAUUGCCCAGAGAAAUAGAUGGCACAUUGGGCAUUCCCAGCAACUGUUUGCAUUACGGCCACCGACUAACAGCUCCAUGCCACGGCACCUUCAGUGGAGCAUUGCAUGCGGUGGUUUGGCUAUCACUCUAGGAUUGGUAGGCCACGUCAUUGGAUAUGGUGCUGUUCCCUGGCUUUUAAUGUCCCGGUCACUCAUCCCCGCUUCUUCGUCCUUCCUGAUCCAGGCUCAGGUGAUUCUGGGCUUGCUUCAUGUCUCUACAAUGUGGGCGUAUGGGUGGCUCCAGACUGUCCAUGCGGGAAUCCGAGGUUCCCCGUUUUCACAAUUGGAAAAUAGUUGGUUAGCUGGCGGUAAGAAGUCCCGCUUCACCUACCCUUUCCUGUGA